UUAACAUCCACUUUCUGGACUGUACGCCAGUAGAUGGAUGCCUGGUAACUUUUGAACCUUUCUACCAGCCUACAUAUUCCUUUUCUCUCUGUCUCUUGUUAUCAUUGUUUUGGCAUAUCAUUGCCUUUUCUAUACAUAUAUUCUAAUCCCGAGUAAUGCUUGAUGCGCCAUGAAGCACAACGGCCCCGGUCGGGUUGAAGCUUCUGCUAUGCAGGCCUCCCAUGGACCGAUCCCUUCUCUGAAAUCUGAACUGACUGUCCCCUGGACAUUCCUUCGCCCCACAGCGGAACUAAACAGUACUAUCGCAGGUUCUGUGAAGUACUACUUGGACUCCUUGGCUUCAUCAGUCGGCGGUUCCCAAUGUGCACGCCAGCGAAGGAAUAGAAAGCGCAAAAGGUUCGAGAUCGACGACGACUCUUCCGCUCAGGCUUUGCAGCUGAAACAACUUUAUGUUGAGGGAUUUACUACCGAUCAAAUAUGGCAACAAGCAUUGAGGAUCCUUGAUUUUUCCGGUAGUGAGAUUGAGCGGGAUUCUGCUUGGUUUUCCGAGGCCGCUAAGCAGCCCCUCAACUCUACUUAUCAUGCAGUGCUUGACAACUCUGAAGUAGAGUAUAGCGACUUCGAUGAUCAGACGGAGACUGACACCGCUGAAUCGAAUAUCGAUGAUAAGGACCUUGAUGCAGAGUAUGAAGGGCAUCAAAAUCCGUCUCCAAAUGAGUCUGGCGCAGAAGAAAGCAUCGAAGACGUGCCUGACAAGGUUUCUGGAAGCGAUACCGACGAAGAAAAUCAGGAAACAUAUGUGGAGGAUCGCUUUGGCUUGAAUGAUGGUUUCUUCUCAAUAGAUGAUUUUAACAAGCAGUCGGAACUACUUGAGAGACAAGACGCUAGGGGUGGACCUGACCAUGAUCCUGAAAGCGACGAUGAAGAGAUUGAUUGGCACACGAAUCCUCUCAAUGCUACGGGGUCGGUCUCUAUAUCAAAGAAAGACCUACCAGUUCACGUCACCGAGGAUGAAGAUGAGGACAUGGAUGAUGGUGAAGAGGAAGGACCAACAUUUGGGAAUGUCGACCUUCAGGGCGACUCAGAUUUGGAUGAAGAUGAUGCCUAUGCCGCUGCUUCUGAAGGGGCAGGUUGGGUCAAUACCAGCGACAUCAAGUAUUCAGAUUUCUUUGCGCCACCAGCACGGAAAGCUACUCGCAAAAAGUCACGCUCCCUUCCCAAAACCCAGCCGAUUGAUAUAAUUUCUAAUGGUGAUAUUGAUCGUGCCAUGGCUGAUGUUCGUCGUGAUUUGUUCGAAGAUGAAAUCUCUGGCGAGGAUAGUGACGGAUAUGACGAAGCGCGUGAAUCCCAAAACAAUCAUUCUAGUCACGAAAAGCAGCGUGCUCGGAUCGCGGAUGAGAUUCGUCGCUUGGAGGCAGCCAAUGUCGCUAAGAAGGAGUGGAUGCUCGCUGGUGAAGCGAGGGCCGUUGAAAGGCCUGUGAACUCCCUCAUCGAGGAAGACUUGGAUUUCGAAAGAAUUGGGAAGCCCGUUUCCGUUGUUACCGCAGAAUUAUCAGGAGACAUUGAAGAGCUCGUCAAGCGACGGAUUCUUGCAAAACAAUUCGACGAAGUCAUCCGCCGUCGCCCUGGUGUUUCCGACGGACAAAGCACAGGAAGAACGCGAUUCGAACUGGAUGACACGAAAGCACAGCAGAGCUUGGCUGAAUUAUACGAGACAGACCAUCUUCGUGCGACUGAUCCGAACUAUGUUGACCCCCAAAAUCAGAAGCUGAUGCGUGAACAUGCUAAUGUCACAAAUCUAUGGAAGGAGAUCAAUUCCCAUCUAGAUACGCUCUCAAACUGGCACUACAAACCCAAAGCUCCGCAGGCAAGCAUAAAUGUGGUUACAGAUGUUGCAACUAUUACCAUGGAGGAUGCUCAGCCGACGACUAGCAGCGCUGUCAAUGGAACGGCAACUCUUGCACCCCAGGAAAUCUAUGCGCCUGGUGACGAUGGUAAAGUUGCUGGUGAAGUUUUGAGAAAUGGCACGGCGAUUGCCAAAGAAGAAAUGACCCGCGAACAGAAAGCCAAGCUGAGACGAGAACAUAAAAAGCAAAAGGCUAGCGCCUCGCGUUCCCACCAAAAAUCCGGGAAAACAGCCGAAAACCAGCGGCUUAUGUCUGAUUUGAAGCAAGGGGGUGUCAAAUUAAUCGGAAAGCAGGGUGAAGUGACAAACAUUUAUGGUGGCAAACUUCAAGAAGGCGCGAAGAAUGGGGGUCAUUCCUUGAAGCUUUAGUCUGUAUGGAAGAUUUGGGAGCGAAAUGGGAAGAUACUCUAAAAUGCGCUUCAGCUUCAUGAAUUGGCAUGCCUCCUUCUUUUGAUAUCCUGUAACUAGUUUUUCUAGACACAUCCCCUGUCUGAUUUCGAACGAAUUGCGUAGAGAAAAAUAUUCUCUCGCCGGUAGAUUUCCAUAUCAGGGUCAUCCUUAAUCUCGUCAACCU